UGGUUUCCCGGACGGUGGGCGGCGCUAUGUGCGUGUCUCGCGUAUUUUUGCUCAAGAGUAGAAGAAGAAACUCAAGCUAUCAACAAGGUGUGAAUGAUGGACAUUCGCUUUACUAAAGGGAAAUCGGCGAUCCUGGAGCGAGCGUUGACGCGGCCGAAGACGGAGGUGAGUCUGAGCGCGUUCGCGCUGCUUUUCUCGGAGAUGGUGCAGUACUGCCAGAGCCGCGUGUAUUCGGUGUCCGAGCUGCAGGCGCGUCUGGCGGACAUGGGGCAGAGGGUCGGCGCCCGGAUGUUGGAUGUGCUGGUGCUCCGAGAGAAGAACGGCAAAAGAGAAACUAAAGUGCUCAAUAUACUGCUGUUUAUCAAGGUAUCUGUCUGGAAGACUCUGUUUGGGAAGGAAGCAGAUAAACUGGAACAGGCCAAUGAUGAUGACAAAACCUACUACAUCAUUGAGAAGGAGCCUGUGAUAAAUGCAUUUAUUUCUGUGCCCAAAGAGAACAGCACACUAAACUGUGCCGCGUUCACUGCGGGCAUUGUGGAGGCCAUUCUCACCCACAGUGGCUUCCCAGCCAAAGUUACAGCACACUGGCAUAAAGGAACCACACUCAUGAUCAAGUUUGAUGAAGCUGUUAUUGCCAGAGAUAAACAACUGGAUGGAAGAUAGAAACUGUAUGUAGAUGGAUGAGUGUUUAUUAUGACAGUGUUUACCUAUUAAUGAUGUUUUAUAAAUGUAAAUUAACUCAUACACUACUAAUAUAAAAAAUGAAUGCUUGAUGAAAAUAAUGUACACGAUCAGCCACAACAUUAAAACCACCUGCCUAAUAUUGUGUAGGUCCCCUUUGUGCCACCAAAACGGCAUCAACCCGUAUCUCAGAAUAGCAUUAAGAGAUUAUAUUCUUCUCACCACAAUUAUACAGAGCAGUUAUCUGAGUUACUGUAGACUUUGUCAGUUCAAACCAGUCUGGCCAUUCUCAAUAAUUUUGAUGUAUGUUUAUGAUAACAGAAUGUUUUGAUUAUGCCGCUUGUACAUUUUACAUUUGUACAAGUCACAUUUAGAGCUGUAUAUCAUGUGGACAAAACCCAGUGAAAUACCUGGUAUCGUUAUAAUGUACUGUGAUACUAAGUUGCUCUGUUGAAACUGCAUUUGGACAUUAAAUAUUUGUGAUUUAA